AUGGGAGAUCUCAUUCCAUACUCCGAGAUAUGCGAAAAGCUUACAAACGCUGGUGUUGUUCGCUGCAAUGAACCAACAUACAACUACAUUGUUCGUUCAUUCCUCUCUGGUGUCUUCAUUUCAUUCUCAUUCCUCUUCGGUGUUGUUGCUACAAUCGAAUCAGGACAAACAAUCAUGUUUGCCCUUUGCUUCGCCAUUGGUCUCGAUUACAUUCUUUUCUUAAACUGCUACCUUUUCACAGGAGAUCUUGUUCCAGUAGUUCUUUGUGCAUUAAACCGCCGUGCUCCAGAUAAAAAGCUCAUUUAUGCUCUUGCAAUGACCUACAUUUUCAACGCUCUUGGCUGCGUUUUUGGUGCUUUCUUCACCGGCUGGGCUACAGGACUUUCUAGCAAUCCAUACGAUAACUGGGUUGGCCAAAAAGUUGCUGCUUACUGCUACAAGAAGACUCAUAUGAAUUAUGGAAACAUGUUUGCAAAGGCUAUGAUUUGCAACGCCCUUGUUUCUAUUGCUACAUUCAUGGCUAACAUGACAACAUCAUAUUGCGGAAAAGUUUUAGCUGUUUUCCUUGCAAUCGGUAACUUCUCAAUACUCGGCCUUGAACACUGCAUGGCUAACUGGUUCUGCCUCUCUAAUGGUCUUAUGCAGAAGGAUGGCAUCAAGAAUAUGACUUGGAAAGCUACAAUUCUUAACUUACUCAUCGUUUCAAUCGGAAGUGCUGUCGGAUCAUGCGUUUUCGUCUCUCUUCCAGCAUUCUUGCAGCAAUACUCUGACAGACAAAAGGCCCUCGAUAAUGCUUCAUCUGCUGAUAUGAAUGAUUCAGAUCAGAAAUCCGAUGAAGAAAUCAAGGAUGAUGCAGUUAAGGUUUAA